UAUGCGAGUUUACAGAUUAUCAGGCCGCUCCAGACUUGUCAAUAGAGUAACCAAACUUGAACGUAGUUAAGCUCUUGUAUUUUCUUCAAAGCCCACCCAAUCUAUGAAAUCAACCACAAAGUACAACAACUCUAGACCUACAAAGAAGACUGCGAGUAAAAACGAAUCCCCAAAGAGGUCGUCUAGUGCCAAAUCCCCCCAGACGGAUGUGGACAUCCUCAGCCCAGCUGCCAUGCAGAAUGCCUACUACAUCUCUCACAAUGCAAUGGACUGCCUGCGGUUUAGAGGCUUUGGGUGGCAGAGUUCAAAGGAAAAGAAGAAAGGAACGAAACGGAUUAAGAAAAAGUAAAUGAGUCUUUGCCAAAACCAAGUCCAUUUUUUGGUUGAAGUGAUGGCAUACAUGGCACCACCUGGUAGACACAUUUGUAUCGACAGCAAGUUGACAGACCAGCACAAUGCAGCAGUGUAAGUUUUUGUUCCUUCCACAAACAAGCAGUCAUUCAUGACGCAUGGACCUUAAAAUUCAUUUGCAGCAAGUUUAUUGUAAGAUGACUGAUCCAGAGUCGUUAACACACUUGAAGGAAAUCUUUAAACCAGAGUCAUUUGAUUAAUGUUAUAUACACUGCAUGAUUAUGAAUGUAAUGUGCUUAUUAAAACAGUGCAUCAUAGAAAAGGCCACCCAACAGUGCCAUGAUACUGGACUUAAAGUGAUCCCAUUUCUCACUUAUAUUCUUUGAAUCCAGUCUUUGCACAAUUUCUUAUAAAAAUAGGCCACAUGAGAACAUGCCUAUAAAACUAAGGGAAAAAUAAAACACGUUUGCAUGCACUGUUAAUAUUCUCAUAUUUCCCAAUGUCAAUCCUUUUAUUAAAUGUACACAUUGCACGAG